AUGGAGAAGUGUAUGCUGAAUAAAAAAGAACUGUUAGAAUAAAUAUCGGAGAGCUAUUUGGCAAAAUUUUAGUAUUGUAUUGCGAGUUAUGGAGUUGUAUUGUUUUAUGAUUUAUAGGUUGUAAACAGAAAAGCUGAACCGAGGGAAGCUCUAAAAGAAUUUGGAGAAAUAUAAAAAUAAGGAAAGGCGAGCUUUUGUGAUAUGGCUAAAGUAAAAGGGGGAAGUGUUGUGUCCCGUCGCUGCCCGCAACAAUCACUAGUAGGUUCUUCUGGCAUUUCCAAGUCAAAAGAGGGUAAAUCCAAGAAGAAUCUUUUUAAGGCCAAGAAGGACACGGAUCCCCCAAACGUCCCUCCAGUGGAAUAUUGGUGUAGGGCACCUUUCUUUGGUGCCAUGGAUUUGUUUUGGGCGAGGGUGGAUUUAUUUGAUGACAAUGGCGGUGUCCCGACUGAUUCGACUGAUUUCCUUCUGGGUGGGGUUGAGCCAGAAAAAGGGGUUGAAGCUUUUGUUCCUCCAGAGUCUAUCGUACGUUUUCAUGUGGAGAGGGGCACUUAUCCGUAUUCUUUUCCUGCUUUUGAGGAUUAUACGGGGCCUAAAGAUGACUCUGAUGUCUGGAGCGCAGCUAUCUUUCGUCAUCCCUCAUAUUGUAAGGUGCUUGCUGGAGCUAAGAUUGCUACUGCUAUUUCUCAGUGUAUGCGAAUUAGACGGGAGCCAUCUUGGCUGGAGUUCGCAUUGUCACGUUGGAGUUCAAGUUCUCAUACUUUUAUUGCACAGUGGGGCGAGACGACCCCUACUCUAGAGGAUGUAGUUGUUUUGACGGGGUUAGAGCAUCUUGGAUCAGCGAACCCUAGCGUAGGAAGUUUGUCCCUUAGCCAGAUGGCUAUUGUUGGGAGAUUGGAGGAGGCCGUGGCACCGGCAGGAAAGUUAUUAAGUCGUUAUCAAAAUAAAGUGUUAGUAACAUCUCGAUCACGAAAAUGCCCAAAAAACACUUUCGGGGGAUGGCUUCGGUACUGGUUUCGAGAUCUUAGCCAUCAGGUGCAAGGAAAUGCGGAGGAUGGAUUCAUAGGUCCAGGGAUAGAAGGGGACAGGUGGGGGAGUAUUGAGCAUUUGGCUGCUUUCAUUACAUAUUGGUUGUCGCGGUAUGUCUUGAUGGGUAGACCCCAAGACGGUAUUUGCCAUGAGCUCUUUCCUCUUGCUACCAUUCUUGCUUCCGGCCGUCCGAUUCCGUUGGCUCCUUUAUUUCUGGGGGGGCCUGUAUAGGAGGUUAGAUAUGUAUCAGGAGGGUGUUGAUCGUUCCAAAGGACGAUACGAUGUUACCAGCUUCCUUCCUACUACCUUUCUGCAGUUGUUUUUGUAUGAGAGAUUUCCUAGCUUGGCCCCUAUGCCAAAGGUGUUUUCCAUUGAAGAAAGUGAGCCGCGUUCUGCUAGGUGGGCUGAGGGAUGUGUACAGGGGAGUUUGGCUAGCAUUUUUGAUUUUGAGGACAAGUUUGUUGCUCGUCCUUAUGUUAUGCCAGUUUGUAGAGUAUCUUCCACCGUUGUCUACCGCCUAGAUGAUUGCGAGCUUGUUCUCGAGCCGGGUGUGUCUUAUUUGGGGGAUGCGGAUUCAGCGAUGGUUCUUAGCACCGUUUCUGGAUAUUUACCUUAUUUUCUGGAUGGCACAUACGGUGUGGUGGCCUAUCAUCCUUUGAGGGUUGCUCGAUAGUUUGGUUUGGACCAAGGGGUUCCUGAACAUCUUCCUUCUCCUGCGCCUUCGGCCGCCGACUGUAUGCAAUUAUAUGUAUACUCUUUUCUUUCAGAAGAAUUAAGGCGUCGGGGGCGAGUUGUGCUAGCAAGUAAGGGUAGAAUUGGCGGAACCACCCCUAGUUGGAAGAAGUAUUGGAGAUGCAAUCUUACAUUAUUUCGGGCUUUUUUGAGUAGUGAUCUUGAUCCUGUCCAUGUUGAGCUCAUUCCGUCUGAUGACCCUGAGUUAUGUAUGGCUCGCGGAGAUCGGGCCUUGUCAGCUGCAGAUAGGGGGGAACUCAGCCCAUUGGCUCGUUUAUCUAAGGUGACUAUUGCUUUGGAACAA